AUGUUCGAUCAAAUCAUCAAGAACCCAGACGAGAUGAUGGACAAGUACACGGAACUCAUAGCACAAUUCAACAAGGAGAAACAGGAACACGAAGAAAGCAAAAAGAAGUUGAGUGAGAAAGAUCUAGCACUCUGGAAAGUCCAUGACACUGCUAGAAUUGCUUCAAUCGACAGUCGACAACUCCAAUAUGAUCGUCAAAUGAUAUUGAGAAAUAUUGCACAUGAUGAUGAAAACAGCCAAAUUAUCGUUGAAGAUUUCCAAAAAACAAUCAAUGAACUGAAACGAGAAUUGCUCAAUAAGUAUGAAAUUGCUCGCGCUCCACUUCUUAAACUCGGCAAACAAAAAGACGAGCAAAUUCGAGAAUUGAAGAAGGAGCUGAAGGAAAUGCAAGAAUUUGAUCCAACUCAUCAUGAUGCACAAAUUGUCGAUAAAUUGAAGAAUGAACAAAAAGAAACUAAAAAAGAAAUCAGAGAACUCAAGAAAAGAUUAAUCACGUUUCUUGACAGAGAACUCGAAAUAUUCGAUCGUUUUGAAAUAAUUCUCGCUGAGAAGAACGUGUGGAUUCAGCGUUUGUUAAAUGCACAUAAUCAAGAACCUCAUGUGUCCUCAAUAAUCAACUACGGAGAGAAUGGUCAAAUGAAUCUAAAUCAGCAAAUCAUUCAGUUCGAACAAGAAAUCCUCCAGAAUAAAGAAAACUAUAACGAGGAUGUUCAGAUUGAAAACAAUAAGCAACACCACGAGAGGAGCAAUUGA